CCUUUUCGUCCACCAGACAAACAAACAAACAAUUACCUACCUAAGCUUGAUUGCCCUCCGAUCUAUCUAAUCUAAAAUACCAAUUCCGUUAUCACCAUGCGUUCCUUCAUCGCCAUCUUCGCCGCCGUCAUGGCCUUCCUCCAGGUCGCCGUCGCCAUUCCCCCGGCCUGCCUCUUGAAUGCUCUUGGUCUCCAGGGCAACCCAACCGACUUGAAAGCCCUCUGCGGUGACCUUCUCACCCCUAUGCAGGGCAACCUGACCGAAUCCUGCGACUCAGCCGCUCUACCCGAGGCCUACGAGGUCUACUCCUCCAAGUGCUUGGCCGAAGGUGUCACCAUCGCUGGCCUCCCCACCUCCACCGCGUCCGGCUCCUCCAGCACCGGUACCGCUUCUGCCACUGGCCCGAACUCUGCCUCUGCCACCGCGACUGACGGCGCUACUGCUACCGGAAGCGGCUCCAGCAGCACUGAAACUCCUGCUAGCGCUGGUAUGGCUGUGGAACCUCAGUCCUUCCUCUUCACCGCCGCCGUGCUCCUAGCUUCAGGCUUGAUCAGCGUCAUGAUUUUGUAAAAUAAUUUCUGGAAAGAAAUUUGACGUCGUCUUGGGAGGUUGGUAGGUUGGUAGGUUAGUUGCGGUCAAUGUGGUUGAGUGAGGGGGAGACGAUGAUUGAUUGAUGUGUUGAAUGGUUUCUGUGUUGGUUAUACCCCCCGAUCCCAAGGACUCGAAAGUGAAUAG